AUGAUCGUCCGUGGAUAUUCUGGUUUUACGGCGUUGCAGGGCAAUUCAAAGGUUGAGUCUACAAGCAAAAUUUGUAUUGCUGUUGGAUAUCAUAAAACACCAUCCAUGUCUGGCUCCAGCCAAGAUUAUUUGGCUGCACACAUGUACCUCAAGGACCCCAUUUCCAUCUCGACAAAUGUUAAGGGUGUCAUGUCCAUGUUGAAGGGGCCCAUAUGCACUGCGGGAGAAGAAGAUGAAUAA